AUGGCGGCGGACCGGGGAGCGUUGUUCGCCGGGUUUCGCGCGCUCGGCCGCUACUCCAGCCACGUCCCGCACGUUCUGCGCUACCACGGCCGACACCGUGAGUUCUACGUGGCCACCGCGGUCGGGCGCAGCGUCCACACCUACAACGUGAAGAAGCUUGGUAUUGUUGCAGUGAGCAAUGCUUUGCUACAGGACAUUACUUGUUUGGCAGCAGACCGAAUGUUGAUAUUUGCUUCAUAUGGCGAUGUUUUCCAUGCUAUUGCCAGGAACAAAGAGGUAGUACAUACCUAUGAAGGUCACAAGGCAAGAAUACACCUUCUGCAGCCUUUUGGUGAUCACAUUAUCUCUGUGGAUAUUGCUAAUGUUCUGAUUGUUUGGGAUAUACAGUCAGAAGAGGAAUAUCUUCAAGUGGUUUUUGAUAAGGCCACUUUUGCAGUUUCUACAAUUCUGCAUCCAAGCACCUAUUUGAAUAAAAUUCUCCUUGGGAGUGAACAAGGUGGCUUGCAGCUGUGGAAUAUAAGAUCCAACAAACUCUUGUACUCGUUUCCAGGAUGGGGCUUGGGGAUCACAGCUCUCGCACAAGCCCCAGCAGUAGAUAUUAUUGCAGUCGGUCUUGUAUCUGGUCAUAUCAUUAUACAUAAUAUUAAGUUUGAUGAAACUCUUAUGAAAUUCCAACAAGACUGGGGCCCCAUCACAGCAAUAUCUUUUCGUACAGAUGGACACCCAGUAAUGGCAGCUGGUAGCCCAGUUGGUCACAUAGCUUUGUGGGAUCUAGAAGAGAAGAAACUGAUGAGUCAAAUGCGCAAUGCACAUUCCACAGCAGUAGCUGGUAUGUCAUUUGUCCCUGGAGAACCACUUCUUAUUACUAAUGGCGCUGAUAAUGCUAUAAGGGUGUGGAUUUUUGAUGGACCCGGUGGUACCGGACGUGUACUGAGAAGCCGAAUGGGACAUAGUGCACCACCAACAAAAAUCAGAUACCAUGGGCAAAAUGGAGAGCAAAUCCUUAGUGCAGGUCAAGAUGGAACAUUGCAGUCUUUUUCAACAGUGCAUGAAAGAUUCAAUAAAAGUUUAGGACGUGGUUCAAUUAACAAAAAGAAAUCAAAAAAGAAGGGUCUUCAGCAUGAUACAAUGGCACUUCCACCAAUUACAGCCUUUGCUUCAGAGGUGGCUCAUCAGAAUGACUGGGAUGGUAUUGUUGCUUGUCAUCAAGGGUAUAUAACCUGUACAACCUGGAACUAUCAGAAAACUUCUAUGGGAACUCAUAAACUGAGGCCAGAAGAAUUUAGCAAAAACAAGCCUAUUGAUAUAUAUGCAACAGCUGUUGAUAUUACCACCUGUGGGAACUUUGCUGUAAUUGGGAUGUCAACAGGACAAGUGGAUGUGUAUAACAUGCAGUCUGGCAUUCACAGAGGGCGCUAUGGCAGAGAAAGAGCUCAUGAGGGGCCUAUUAGAGGGGUAGCAGUGGAUGGAUUAAACCAGUUGACAAUCACAGCUGGAAGUGAUGGAUUAAUUAAAUUUUGGAAAUUCAAAGCUAAAGAUCUAGUUCACUCUACUGAUCUUUCUUCUUCUCCAAGUGGAAUUCUGCUUCACAGAGAUAGUGGCAUUCUAGGAAUUGCCUUUGAUGACUUCAGCAUUAGUGUUUUGGAUAUAGAAACCUGGAAGAUUGUCAGGAAGUUCUCAGGACACCACGGACGUAUUAAUGACAUGACUUUCAGUCCUGAUGGUCGUUGGCUAAUAACUUCAUCAAUGGACUGUACUAUUAAGACUUGGGACCUUCCCUCUGGAUGCCUCAUAGAUUGCUUUCUGCUAGACUCUGCAGCAGUGAGUCUUACUAUGUCUCCUACAGGAGAUUUUCUAGCUUCAGCCCAUGUGGAUGAUCUUGGAAUUUAUUUGUGGUCCAACCGUUCUUUAUAUUCACUCGUCUCUUUACGGCCCCUUCCAGCAGACUUUGAGCCUUCUGUGGUAACACUCCCUGGCACCUGCCCUCUGCAAGAUGUGGAUGUUGCAGAAGGUGAAGACCAAUGUGAUGAGAUGGUAGAGUAUGACUCACCAGAGCAACUGGGGGAACAGCUGGUAACUCUGUCCUUACUACCUGAAUCAAGAUGGAAGAAUCUCCUCAGUCUUGAUGUUAUCAAGAAAAAAAAUAAACCAAGAGAACCACCAAAGGUUCCCAAGUCAGCCCCUUUCUUCAUCCCCACGGUUCCUGGUCUUAUUCCCCGAUAUGCUGCUCCAGAGCAAGAAAAUGAUACACAGUCAAAGGUAGUAAAUAUUGGAGUACUGGCACAGAAAUCUGAUUUCUACGUUCGUUUGGAAGAAGCCCUGAGCACUAAUGAAUAUACAGCUCCACUUAAUUUGCUGAAAGACUUGGGACCAUCUAGUAUUGAGAUAGAGCUGAGGAGUUUGGCCCCUGAGGGUGGUGGUUCCCUGGAGGUGAUGCUAAGCUUUUUGAGAAUGAUUGGGAUGAUGCUGAACAAGAAGUACAACUUUGAACUUGCUCAAGCGUACCUUGCGCUGUUUUUAAAGUUACAUCUUAAGAUUAUUUCAUCAGAGUCAAGCCUCCUGGAAGAAAUAUCUGGACUGUCAACGCAACUUGAGGAAACCUGGAUUCAUUUGCAGACUCUUUUCAAUCAGAGUCUGUGUGUGCUAACAUAUAUGAAAAGUGCUUUGCUAUAAAAUAUUUAAGAGUUUUGACUGCAUAAAACCUCAGAAAAAUAGUACAACUUUUUUUUGCCAAAGUUACUGAAUUCCAAGAUUUAUCCUGGAAGUUCUGAUGCUGCAUUUUAUAUGUCUGUCUAGGACGGAGUGUUUUAGAACAUAAGGAAUAUGCACACACUCCCUGAACUCUUGACAGGUUGGGCCGUAUCCCCUGCCCUGGGGAACCUGUUCCAUGCCUGUCGACCUCUGCUGAAGAACUUUCUCCUAACCCCCCCACUGUUGUCCCCAGUGAAGUUCUAUGUCAUUCCCAAGGGAGAAAUGAUUUAAAAUAAAAAAAUGGGAGUAUAUUUUCUGUA